GCUCGCCCGCUCGCCCGCUCGGCCGUACGUUCGCGCGCGCGAACGCGCGGCCACUUUAAUGUGAAAGUAAGUCUUACAGUUGACCGAAAACUGCGUGCCCGUCGUGCUCUCGUCGGCUAUCCGCGACCGACCGUAUGCCAUGCCGUAGCGCGCGUUGUUCCGUCCGAUCGUGCGAUGUAACAUACCCGUACGGCUCCAAUCGACCGGUUCCACGGCCGCGGUCGGCGCGCUAUAAAGGAAAAAGAGAAAGAGAAAAUAGAAAAAAAAGAGAUCCGCUCUAAUCGCUUCGCUAAUUAGUUCUCGUAUCGACGCGCGAGUUGACUCAUCCACGGCAUACGCAAUAUCUCAAUCGCGACUUUCUACACACUUGUCCGACGCUCUUUCAUCAUAAUCAAUCUUCCCGGUCGUCAGCCGUCCCUCACGUUGCGACUAUUUUUGAAGGAUUCGAUCUACGGGACGACACGAGAGCUACCAGAUUAUUAGCGAGCAGAAGAGGAAGGAAGAAAAAGGAAGAACCGAGAGACGGAGAAUCCAUCGUCACGGAUAGCGAUACAAAUUGGCGGCCCAAAGUGAAGCGAAGUCAAUCUCAUUAAAUUAGGACAUCAUCCUUCCUCGUACAGUAACGCAAAGUGUUCCAAGUGGCAUUUCCGUAAUCUUAUGUUAGUUUUCCGCUUUUGAGACCGGAGUGGACGUGCGCGCGAAUAUCGAAACUGUCUUUCCGAAGAUACCGGGCAAGUGUAACGUGGAAAAUCCUAUCGAUAACAAUAAUACGUAAUAAUAAUUUUUCUGUGUUUUUACUUUCGAGUGAAAAUUGCUCGCGAUGCGUUGACACCUUCGGAAGAUAUGUCACGUUCAUUCCGCAUGUAUGCCAAGCUGCCUACGGAUCCGUGCGGAAAAGUUUAAACGAUUCGCGCAUAAAUCGAAGUCCUUGUCCUUGGAGUUAUGCGCGGCCGGGUAGAAUACGCAGAUGAAUUUCAAUCGCGACUUUAUUCGCAUCCUCGCGACACUAUGUGAUAAAUUCAAGUGCGAUAAAUGAGAGCGUGGAUUGGAAGUUGAAUGUACAUCCACGCAUGCGACGAGGCUAAUAAUACAGAACGGAAGAAAGGGAGAGAAGAAGCAUAAAGGAAUUGGAAAGGUGGAUCGAAUGAGUUUUUUUUUUCGCGUAUACGUGUUGUACCUGUUGUAUGUACGUAACUAUGCUCCUACGUCCUCAAACGUAGUCGCAUAGUCCGAUCGUCGCCCGAGGCUUUUCGAAACUCAAGCUGUUCGCAGGACACUGCAAUUAUGAAACGAACGGUGCUGGUUAUCGCGUUAUGUUGCGUUUUGGGCUUCGUCUUAGCGGGAAGUUCUAGACUACCUCGAACAUCCGCCGAUCAGCGUGGCACGCGUAGUGCGAGCCAUAACAGCACCGGCGCAACGCUGCAGCAAUCUUCUCGCAAUUUGCAGCGAAAUAGAGAGCAAUAUCUCUUCAACGUCUUCGAAGUAAUAGUAUCGACUUUGGAGUCCAAGUUACAGCGAAUCGAGAAUUUAGAUAAGGCGGUGGAGCAUUUGAUGAGAAGAGUAGAGGCUUUAGACUCACGCGUAAACGAUAACAUUGACAAGACAGAUGCGGUCAUUACUAAACUUAGGACGUUAGAUUUGAAGCUUUUCAACGCGUAUCCCAUCAUAUCCACGGAAGCCGCAUCGAGGAUCGCCGAAAGUAAAAGCGGAGGUCAUGCGGAAGAUCCCCCAUUGAUACGCGUGAUUCAUCACGAUCAAAACGAUCAAGCUCCGGAAACCCUUGGCGAAAAAUUGAUUUCCCUGGAUCAGAAAGUUUCCGAUAUCGAUCACAAGCUCGUCAAUCUUAAGAAUCAGCUCGACAACAAUUUCUUACAAAACGACGAUAUAAAUGCCGAGGCGAGUGAAAAGAAGCCCGUCAGUAUGAGCGUCAUCGAGAUCACCAAGGCUAUGAGUAACGAGGUGAUGAACCAUAUGACGAUCGAGAUUGAGAAUCUUAAGCAAGCGACAGGUAAUAUGGAUAGAAAGCUUCAGUUCCACAUGAAUCUAAUGUCGGAUAAUCUCGGAGCGGUGUACAAUAUGAUUACUGACGUGCACGAAGCUGUUGUCGAGAAAAAAUACGAGAACAAUCGGCAUGAUCGUCUUAAUUUAACUACGACCGAGGCCCCGACGAAACAAAGCAAAAUCGAUCGUCUUGUCGAGCAGAUGUAUCCGAUGCUUACCGUCUCUGAAAAAAUGGAUCAAGUUUGGAACGUAGUGAUGGGGACCAAGAGUUCGGUGGACGACCUGCUGCCAAAAUCCGACGAACUACUUACUCAGACUCAGAGGCAAGAGAGAGCGAUCAGCGAAAUUCACGCCGAUCUAAGAUCAAAAACAAAUAAGAUCAUUGAGAAUCUGGAGGGCGUCGAAAGCCGCUUGAGGAAGCAAGAGGACGAUGUGGCCACUCUCGCGCAACGCCCGAUUCCAGCUGAACUGUUACUGGAUCCGACAAUCGAUCGGCUCGUUGAAUAUGAUCCAAGCAGAUACGUAAGCGUAACGGAAGAUUUUGUAACGGAGAUGCCCACGUCUACGCUACCCACUACCGCCUCGCCGCCCUUGUCAACUACGACAUCGAUAUCGUCCGUCGGUUCACCCUCGAACAAUCCCACCAGCUCCACGACACCCAUGACGGCGACGUCUUCGAGUACCGCGAGACCAAAUAGCAGAAAUCGGGGAGUGAUAUUCCCGAGUGUUAAGAACAAACCGAGUUUAGCGAAUUCCACUUUCACAAGCGACGUAUUAAUUAAUUAUAAGGAUGUCAAGGGAUAUUCUUGCGUGGAUUUAUUAAACGGAGGAAUGAGAGACAGUGGAGUAUACUACCUGCAAAUACGCGGCACGACGUACUGGUUCCUUAAAGUCUAUUGCGAACAGGAAAUUGCCGAUGGUGGCUGGACGGUUAUUCAAAGAAGAGAUGAAUUUGGAGAGCCAAAAGAGAACUUUAACAGAGAUUGGGCAGAUUAUAAAAACGGAUUUGGGGAUCCCGCUAAAGAAUUUUGGCUGGGCAAUGAAAACAUAUACAUGUUAACGAAUAAUGAAGACUACAUGCUCAGAGUUGAACUUGAGGACUUCGAAGGUAACAAAAGGUAUGCACAGUAUUCGCAUUUUAAGAUUUAUUCAGAAGGAGAGUAUUAUAAAUUGGAGAUAGACGGGUACGAUGGAAACGCCGGAGAUUCAUUGAAUGAUCCUUGGUACGGAUCAAACAAUAGCCCAUUCUCUACGUACAACAGGGAUAACGAUAGAUCAUCCUUGAAUUGUGCUUCGAUGCUCAAGGGUGGUUGGUGGUGGAAAUCAUGUGGGCGUGGCUUAAAUGGUCUUUAUUUAAAUGAUCCACAAGAUAUUACUGCGCGACAAGGUAUCGUAUGGUUCCGUUGGAGAGGAUGGGAUUAUACUCUAAAACGUGCAUCGAUGAUGAUUAAACCAAAAGGACUAUCGACAACGACGACGACGACAACGGUAUAAUUAUUGAAAUUGUGUUAAGUUUGAAACGUUAACAUCGAAAUUUCUUACGCGAUUAUUAAAUAACAACCUUGCACAUAGUACUUAAGGCUCGACUCUCUCGCGGCGCCAUAUUGGUUGUAUGAUGCCAGAGGCGAGAAAGGACAUGCAAUAAAUUCAUUGUUACGUACAACUUAAUUUUUUAGUCUUCUCUUAAAAAUAUAAAUGAUUUCAUAACCAUAAAAUCUGUAAAAUAUGCGACAAACUGAAACACUUGUCUGACGUGUCGCGUAAAAGUAUAAAAUAAUGGUAAAUUUCUCAGUUGUCGCAAACUGCCGUGAUGUUAGCGCCACGACAGAAUCGAGCAUUAAAUUAUGUAUUGCAAAUGCAUAAACACGCUAUUAAUAUGGAAUUUUUAAGCACUUUUCUCAAUCAUUUUUUUCAUCACUGUAUCUAUAUUUAAUAAUUUCAAAAGAUUGCAACUGAAAUUUUCUUUGCAUUUGACAUAGUAAAAUAAUACUGUAUAAAAUAUCAAUAAAAAUUAUUUUUCAAUAAGA